AGUAGCAGCAGGGAUACGGUAACCUGCAGGAGGACCGACUCACAUGGUCCUGCAGCAGCGGAGCCCAGACCCCCAGGACUCUCCAGACCUCUUCCACCCUGCCCUGCUUGAGUCUUAUUUUUAAUAAUAAUAUCAAAUAAGAAGAUUUUCAUUGUAUUACAUUGUUUUCAUCCCUCCUCCCGCUGCCCAGUGUCGGUCAGACUCGGGCCGGUUACGCAGCGCCAUGGCUCGGGAGAACGGAGACACCGGCAGAGGAGAGACGUGGAAGAAACAAGUCGACGACAUCAAGAAGAUCUUUGAUUUUAAAGAAGUCCUUGGAACGGGAGCCUUUUCAGAGGUGGUCCUGGCUCAGGAGAGGCUGACCGGCCGGAUGUUUGCGGUGAAGUGCAUCCCUAAAAAGGCCCUGAAGGGGAAGGAGAGCAGCAUCGAGAACGAGAUCGCGGUGCUGAGGAAGAUCAAGCAUGAAAACAUUGUGGCGCUUGAGGACAUCUAUGAGAGUCCGGACCACCUCUACCUGAUCAUGCAGCUGGUGUCAGGUGGUGAGCUGUUUGACCGCAUUGUUGAAAAAGGUUUCUACACGGAGAAGGAUGCGAGCACGCUGAUACGGCAAGUCCUGGAUGCUGUGAACUACCUGCACAGGAUGGGCAUCGUACACAGAGACCUAAAGCCGGAGAACCUGCUGUAUUUCAACCCACAAGAUGAGUCCAAGAUCAUGAUAAGCGACUUUGGUCUUUCCAAGAUGGAGGGCAGUGGGGACGUCAUGUCCACCGCCUGCGGCACACCAGGAUAUGUGGCUCCAGAGGUUCUCGCCCAGAAGCCGUACAGUAAGGCCGUGGACUGCUGGUCCAUCGGAGUCAUCGCCUACAUCCUGCUCUGUGGUUACCCCCCGUUCUACGACGAGAACGACUCCAAGCUGUUUGAACAGAUCCUGAAAGCCGACUACGAGUUUGACGCGCCGUACUGGGACGACAUAUCAGACUCAGCCAAGGACUUCAUCGGCAAUUUGAUGGAAAAAGAUCCAGUCAAGCGUUUCACCUGUGAUCAUGCACUCAGACACCCCUGGAUUGCUGGAGAUACAGCACUCUGCAAGAACAUCCAUGAGUCAGUCAGCCGGCAGAUCAGAAAAAACUUCGCCAAGAGCAAAUGGAGGCAAGCGUUCAAUGCCACCGCAGUUGUUCGGCACAUGAGGCGUCUGCAGCUUGGCAGCAGCAUGGGGAGCAGCAUGGACGCCUCCAACCCGACGAACAGGCCGAGCCAGACGCAGAAACCUGUCCAGAGCCAGAGUCAGGGCCAGACGAGCCAGGCGAGCCAGAACCAGCCUGAUCAGAACCAAAACACCGGCCAGGUAGCGCAGGGCCAGACCGCCAACAUUGCCGCCAACAAAACCUCUUCCACAGACAACAAUAUAGCAGCUCCACGCAAGGAAUGUGUUACUGCACCAGCCACACCCUGCAGUCUGGCGUCUGCAGCUGCUUCUCCCGCUGCCGGAGCUGAGCUGAAUCUGCCGCAUCCCUCAGCAGUUCCUGCCCCGGUGCUUACAGAGACCAAGUGACGCCAGGUCCCACGGGGGACCAGCUGGGAGGCCACAGCGCUGUGAGGCAGAGUGAGGGAAAGAGCCAGAGGUUGACAGGAGAAGAAGAGGACCCCCCAACCCUUCUUCUUCUUCUUCUUCUUCUUGUUACCUCCCUUUCCUCACUGCAUUUCUAUUUGAAUGCGCCGCCCAACCAGUUCCCCGUCCUGCUCCAGGGAAAGCAGAGGACUUAACGCCCACACGAACGUUUAAAGCCACACAGCGCCAUGCUGUAAACCCACCACCCAUCCACCAGGAUGUCGUUUUGGAAUCCUUCUGCUACAGCGACAGCACGGCUACAGACUCUCACUGAGGAUGUUUGAAUGGCUGUGUAUGGUUGCUGUCUGAUGAUAAAUGGUUGUUUACUUCUAAGAGUUUGAGAAGUAAUGGUUGGUAAUGCAGGUGGUGUUAUAUUAUUCACUGUAGGUCAACAUCAACUUCCCUCCUGAAUCUAGUCUGUCCUGCAACAUUUAUUUAGCUGUUUUCCUUUAUUAGGUUUGACUGUUGGCAACUGGAUUUGUUCCUUUUUAUUAUUCUUAAUAUUAACUUUAAAGGUGGUAUGUGUAACUUUUAAAAAGGAUUAUCAUUGUCACAUUAAUAGUGCUAUGUUGGUACUUUUAAUGUUCAUAAAUAACACUAAAGCCAAGGGUUUUGUCGCCUCAACCUCACCCUAAUUCAAACGUUGUAACAGCAUUUCUCCAAAUGUAGACCCCAUGCACUGCAAUCCCUUUGUCUGCUUUCACUUCGCUACCCAAUUUCUGAAUAUUUUGCACUUUUUGCACUAGCACCCUCCUUCUGUUAUGUGCCAUAAAUCAACCAACACAUUUCCUCCAAAUCCAAUCUGGUACCUGCUUAAAAUGCAGAACAGAGGCUUGUUUGUAAUGACUUGAUUUGUUAAUACUGAGUGUACCAAUGUAUCACACUAAUAUAACAAUGAUUACUUCAUUUUAAAUUUUUACAUAUAGCACCUUUAAGACAUUUUAUCUGUCCUUACGAGUUUGUGCUUUAAGAAGUGCUUUAAAAGUACCAUACGACUGUUCAGAUAUGAAAACAUGAGUAAGCGCUUUAUGUAUUUUGCACAGAGAAGGUCAGAUAAGUUCUCAGACACAGAUUAGCCAACAUCCACUGAUGUAGAUCAGAGAGUAGAGAUUGUAAACCUUUAUAAAAAUAGAUGAAUUAUACUAGAGUGGAUGUAAGAGCAUUGUCUGAAAUUAUCUGAUUUGUUUAUUAUUUUCUUACUUAAGACUUUUAUAAGAAUUGCCCUUUAAGGGCCACACAUACAGGUUAUUAUAAAACAUGCAGCAGGUCAAGGAAAGGAAAGAUAGAGGAAUUUUCUGGAAAACUGCCUCCAGUUCAGAAUGUUAGCCAUUUGAUCUCCGAUACAAAGGAGCCCCAAGCAGCGCAGUCGAGUAUCACGGUUUCAAACCAUCUCUGAGAUAUUCAACUGCCUCCCACAUGAGUCCUCAGAGUGUUUUGCAUUCGCAGAGAUAAAAAUCCAAGAUGGAGAAUCAGCUGCCUGUUCCUUCCCCCCUCUUAAGAAGCCAUGAUCUCACUUUUUUUGCAUCCUCAAGCUGCACCCAGUUCGGAAGUGCUCAGGGAAAACUGCAGCUGCACUGUGAGCUGGCAAAUACAGAUUUCCUGUUUUUUCUGUCAGUGCUUUGGUUCAGUCGUUGCGGCAUCACAGUUAAUGAUCCAGGGCUCAAGAUGUUAGCUGUGCACUUAUUCUGUGUUGUUCUGACUCGUGAAAAUUGACUACUUACCUGUGACUAUUGAGGACUCAGACAUUGAAACAACUUUUGCAACAAGGACUUGAAGCUAUUUCGGACUUUAUCAUCAUACAGGGCAUGCUUAGUAGUAUUGGCCGUUUUAGUUUUGUCAUUGUAAUUCCGACUCUGAAAUUCCUCAGCAGAGCUCUUUGCUUGACGGAAUUGAGAAAGACGAAAAAAAAACACUGAGGAUUGAUUGGUUCUUGCUGUCCGGUGAUCCUUUGUGGUUCAUUUGAGACUCAACAGUAGACAGAUAUUGAUAGGCUAUCAUAAUUAACUGUAUAUAAAGAUGGAUGACACGUCUUCACCUCCUCCAACUGUACAAAAGUGAGGCCGAAAUACCCCUGCAAUGGAUGCUGAGAUCUUGCACAUUUAGUUCCAGAGUCUGCGCAGUGGGGAUUGGCUUGUGUAGCCGCUGUAUUAAAGUCCUGCUACUUUUGCUAACUAACAGCUUCUUAUGUUAGCUUGACGCAGACACUGCGUUACAGAAAGCUCAAUGACUUGUUUGGAAGUGCUCAUUAUGUUUUCUCUCACUGUUCCUCCUUUCCUCCUUUACAAUCAUGACAUUAUAGCUCAUUUAUUAGGAUACAAAUUAACACUUGGACAUAAAUUAGCAUGACAAGAACUCACUAUGAUAGCGGACACUAUUAUUGAGAAAAUAAAUGAACAUGUAAUUUGAUUUUACUGUUUGAUGCAUGUCCCAUCCAUCACUGUGGAGGUGGCGGCCUUUAUGACUGCAGUGAGUCUGGCGGGAGCACUCCAAAGGUUUUGACUUCACUUUUGGGAAGCUGUUAUGUCAGCUAUCUUUUUGUACAGUUUUUGUUGUUAGGAUUUGAGAAACAAUCAAAAUAUAGCAAAUGUCAGUUAUUUAUUGAACUUUGAGCAGCAAAGCCAAAAUAUGUCAUCCACUCCUUACUUCCUGUUUUGAAACAGCCAAUGUGUCUCUGCUCUGUUGGUGUUAAUGGAAUGACUUGAGUCCAAAACAUGGAGUCCUUUUUCACUGAUUUACUUCAUUCAGUGUGACAGACCGACAUUGUUUCUAAUUGUUCUCGAUGGAACUUAGAUGUAAACUUUUCUUGACCCUGAUGUGACUACAGUAGUUUAGAUUGUGUCUCUAGCUGUAACAGCCUUUUAGACGUAACUCAGAAGCAGAGCUGUACAGUGCUCCCUGUACAGUGCUUUCUCACAUAUCAGAUUGUCAUGUCUUUGUCAGAUGCAUUUAUACUGAUCCCUUUAUCGUGAAUUCUGGCCAAAGACUAGAGCUAAGGAUGAAAACAAUUUGAUUCAUUCUAUUUGAUGAAUUAGUUAGAACCCAACUAGUCUGAAAACAAAGCUGUUUGAAAUGCAAAUGGAUUAAAAUUAAGGGCUGAACUCCAGCUGCAAAUUAAUCUGGAGCGAAAUGUAUUGACCUUUGAUCCCCGUCUAACAUCCUACCAUUAUCCUUUCUUUGGUACGCAGAGUGGUGCUGGAGUGUAUCCGUAAAAUAUUCACAGUGCUUGUUUUAAUCUGUUUGGAAUGUCGGGAAGGUGUGAUUCACCAGCUGGAAUACGUUUCAUUUACACUUUGAAUCACAGUAAAACAAAUGUCACCCAUGCUUUCUGGAAUUCACUUCUGGCUUACUGGGUCAUUGUGUGCAUGUAACUUCAAACUCUUCUGUGCUCACAUUGAAUGCAACACACAAUCAAAAUGUUGCAUUCAUAUCUGUUCUUUAACAGCAGCACCGUCUUUAUUCACUAAGGUCUGAGAGGACAAUUCCAACAUGCUGGGUUUCUCUCUGGGUUUCAGUCACUCAUGCAAUACUUUCAGUCCUGUCAUUCGCUCUAAACUCAAAACUCAUAUGUCUUUACUUGAGUUGAAAAUCUAUGAAAAUAUGUCAUAAAUAUAAAGUUUAAUUUGGAAUUUAUUUUCCUCAAACAGCAGGGUAAUGUAGUUUUUGCAAAGGUUGACUGAAACAGGAGCACAGAUGUAUUUAUGAGGACGACUUUCAGCUGCAAAUUUAGAAUUAAACAUUUUAUAGCAAAAACUAAACACUAAAGCUCCUGUGAGGAGUUUUUUGCUGGUCAUGACACAAACCGAAAACAAGGCAUAUAAACACACUUUUUUCCAUUGUAAAGAACACCAAGCCUCUUCUGUACUAGAAUUUACCUGUUACUCUUAUUGUGCUGAUAACAUCAUGCAUUCCUAUAAACAGCAGUCUGCAGCAGAAACAGCUUUUUUUUAUUGUCAAUGGCAAAGAUUCUCAAAAAUAUUGGAUUUGGUAUUUCAAAUUGAGAAGAAUGAGAUAAAAAAAAAAAGAAAGAUAAAAAAGUGCAGGGCCGGCCCAGAUUCAGUUCCAACCUACACCCCCUUUCCAACAUGUUACUCCUCACUCUCUCUCCUGGUUUCCUGCUAAAUGCACUGUCCUCUGAAUAAAGGCAUAAAAGCUAAAAAUAAAUAACGUAAAAAAAAAGAAAAGAAAGAAGAGGUAUGCUUUGUUCACAGGGGUGCCAAAAUCAGCCCAAGCUGACUAUUCUUUACAGGAGCUUUAAUAAGAUGAAUUAAAAGGGUCACAGAGUCAUUUUGUCUGAGAGAUUAAAGCAUACCUUAUUUAUAUUUACUGAUUUGUUUUGAUCUCGAUGUGUUGAUUGAAAUUGAGCUUAAGGAAAAAGAUUGAAUUAUUCAGAAGACAAGAAAUCACUCUAUGUUGGAAUUGUCCUUUAACAGACCACUUCUAUCCCUUUAAAUCCUUCAUACAAAUGGACUCCAACCACACUUACCCAUCUUACUGCAUUGCUGUCAAAGCACCUGAACUUUGCAUAUGUGAUUAUGACAAUGACAUAGUUAUAACUAACAUUAAUGCAGUUAUUGUAUGCAUGAAUCCCAGUAACUAAUAGUCAUAAUAAAGUUGUAGUUUCAUUUAUCUGGUAGAGUAACAACAAAGGGCCAAGUUAGUCUGAUUUAUUUAUAUUUUAGAUCAUCACAAAGCACCCAUGUCUUCUUCUGCAUGACUUGAUGGCUCAGAAAUAUAUUAUAUUUCUGAUGUUUUUUUAAAGUGUGGAUAUCAUGUUACAUUUUCUCUUCUAACCAAACACUUAAGUCAGAUCAUGUAUUUAUUCAUGUGUUACUAAGAGGGAUUUUAAACCAUGAAAGGGCUUUAUUCCUAUUAUCACCUUAAACCUAUUAUUAUUCACUGUAACCAUGCUCUCAUACCCAGUGAUUGCUAUGCAUUUUAUAAAUAUUUUAAUUGUGUCUUCUGUGUUUUUUUCUUGAAAGUAGGAUAGAAUAAAAAAUCAGCACUUGCAGUUUAAAAAGCUAGAGAAGUAAAUUAGAGCAAGAAACUGUAUUCUGGACAAUUUCAAUCACUAACCCAUUAAUAAUCAUUCAUUUUAAUGAGCUACACUGUUUAAGCAGUAUACCAGGUUUCUCUCUAGCACUAAUGAUGUUUAUGUAUUAUCAGCUAACACUGUAAAAGUAUGUUUCGUUAAAUGUGAUGUCGUCCACUUCAGUCUGGACGUUUGGGUUUAUGAAUGUAAUUGUGAGGCAGGCAGAGGGUUCAGGUUCAUGCUGCUCAGUGGUUAUAAAUAUAAAAAUAUGUCUGCUGUAAGAAAAGAUUUUUCUGAAUGAAUAUUUCAGCGCUAAAGAUGCUACUGUACAUAGAUGUGAAUAUGAAUGAUCAUUUUCAACAUUUAAAAAUGUUUGUUGUUCAGGCUUGUGAGAGUGGAUGAGUGAGCGUGUGUGUCGAGGGAAGUUGAUUGUAUUCUCUAUGGAAUGUUUUAAUGUAAAAAAAGAAGCUGAUAUCCUCUUUGUUUCCCACUGCGGUUUGCUUUCACAAACUGUCCAGCACUGUGCGGCUGCCCCCUGCAGAGCUACUCAGCGCAGUUUAAUGCCAUCAGUGUUUCACAACCACUUUAGUGUACCUGACAACACAUGUUAAUGUAUACGUCAGGCCAACUUCAAGUGAAAGCAACGUUUACUGAACUCAGGCUUAUGUUUUUGCCAUUCUGAAGGAAGAAAUCCAAAGCUGUGAUCGACUAAGAAACACACUGUUAAGGAUGAUGGGCGGCUCCGGCCUGCUCUCGCCUGCUCUCUCCUCUUUGUGCUUACACUCCUUGGACCUUUUUUUAAGAAAGACAGCACUAAGCUGCAUUUGUCAAAAAAAAGAUGAAAACACAAGCAUGUUUAAAGAAAGUGCUUCAAGAAUUCAACAUCACCAAUGAGUGUUUAUCUUAUAUGCCCUUGUAUGAUGUUAGUACCUUUGUAUUAUGUAAAGACGUUCACAGGUUGAGGUGCCAGAGUCCACACAAGGCAGAAUAUUGAGUCUCAGUCCUGCAAACAGUUUUGAGAGUGAUGGUUUAAUCUAUUUAAAACUUUUUUAGCAAAAAAAAAAAAAUGUUGAUUGCAGGAUUUGGUUUGCAAUUUGGACCAAGGUAGCUUAAAAGUUAGCUUCCCAGCCAGCAUUAAUGCCCAGAUCUUGAGAAAUUUGCAGAAACUCUGAAAAAACUGAAUCAAAAAGACAGUGCAACCGGCCUUUACAUUCAUUCAGGCCCUAAAUUGCAUUACAUUAGCUUUUCUAGUUGGCAGUUAUAACUUACUUGAAGUCGGAGUAAACAUUUUGGCUAUAUCUUGUACACCCUUGCUAGCUUAGUUAGCUAUAGAGCAGGUGUGUUGUUCUGGUUACAUUAUACAUCUGGUCUGUCAUCGUUAUACAUCCUUGAACUAGACAAGAAACUGUGUGUACUUAAGUUCUUUGUAAUGAUGUCUCUUUAUUUUUGCCGAAUGCUUGAUGAGUUGUGAUAAUACUCUGAAAACUUUCUCUGUUGGCAUCAAUAAAUCUAGCUACCAUGCUAGCUGCUGUUCUUCAGUGUUGAUAAUGUCACAAACUGUUCUUUGCAUUGGCCCAUACGUUUCAGUUUAUGAGAUUAGCUCUGCCUCUUGACAGUUGUUUGUUUGACUGAAACUUUAAUAAUCUGCUUCAGUGGAAGGUGUCUCCCUGUGGGUGUCCUCGUCCAUGGCCUGCUGAGUCAGCUGGCUGUAUUGUAUUUACUCUUUGCAUGUGACCACAACAAACUCCCAUCCUGUGCACCGUCGUUACGCCGACGACACCCUCAUGUCUCAGAGUUGGCACUACCCGAUGCACUUAUUGUGCUGGGAUAAUGAUGAUGAUGAUGAAGAUGACUUUCUGAUAAUGACUUUCUGUUAAUGGGGCUUGUAUAUCAGAUGCCUUCGACAAUCAUGUGCACAUAUCAGAGCUACCAUGACGACACAGGCCAGAGCGACUGAUUGUGUUUCAUUUGUCUUUCUCCUGGAAUAAAUCCUGAAUGAUCAUUA